AAGAAUAAUCCAGCAAGAAAAACUUAUUUCUCUCUUUUUAGAAAACAUGUUUACACUUCAGAAAGUCCAAAAUAGUAACUAGAUGCUGUUAGUGUAGAAUGGUACAUAGUAUAUUGAUCUACAUAGUAGAUGGUUGGCAGGCCUGGUGUCUGCUAGGUCAGUUCUAUUGGAGUGAGCUACGUGAAAAUUUUCAGUUUUAUUAGUAUUACACGUUUAUUUAUUCAUUUGUUCAAGUUUGAGUUGUGUAAUAGUUGAGUAGUGAUUCAAUCAGACAAAUGGCAUAGUUCUUUUGUGUUUUGUAUUACCUGAGUUUGUGACUUGUGUUCAUCUCUCAAGAUCUAACCUACAAUAUUGAACAUUAUUGACUCAUCAACAGUGACAGGAUCUUAUCAUUUUAUCAGUUGACUCAAACGAUGUGCUUUCAUGUUUCUGAACUCUCGAUUUUCUUCACUUGUCUGUCGUCUGCAAGUUGCCGGUAACUGGUUAACUUAACCUAAAAGCUAGCAUUUGAGCGGGAGCCCGAGUCAGCUAUAGUUGCAGUCAGCUGUUUUUUGUUUUGUUUUCAUCUGACAAAUAGAGACAUCAACACAACUCUUCUGUGUUAUCUUCUGUGCACUGCUCUAUUGAUCUUCGAUUAUACUUGUUUUGGUGCUAGAUUUUGAAUUUAAGAUGAUGACAAUGAACCGAAUGACAACACGCCGAAUGCGGGAGUGUUUGAUCCGGGAAGCGGAAUUAGAGUUGAAUAAUAUGAACUGUGAUCUUGUUAAUGAUACGGUGAUAGAAUUAGCUGUCAAUAUUAGAGGAACUCUAUCAGUGAUCUCGAAUAAAUUCACGAAUGAUGCCAUUAUUGACAUAAUUCCGGAUGUUGUUGGAAUUCUAAAUAAAUUGGACACCACAAUCUCCUACAAUAAUGAACUGCUGAAUGAACGCACUGACCUUCUGAAUAAUAAUACUGAACUGACUAAGCAAGUAGAGUACGAGAAAAAUAAGCGCAAAGAAAACUUUGAGGACUCCUUAUUCAAUGAGGAAAAGGCUGAGGAGGAAAUUCUGUUAUUGGAAGCGCGUAUAAAAAACUGGAGGCAUCUAACACCCAUUUAAAUGAGGAAUUGAAUAAUAAGAAUGAAAUAAUAAAAAUUAUUGAAGCCGAUAAUAAUAGCUUAUUUUUUAACAGAGACACUAUUUUGAACAAAGUA